GCGCGAUUCAAAAGCAUUGCAAUCGUAGCAUGAACACAACGCUGGACGACCUGGGUGUUGCCAAGCGCCCAGCGCGUCGGCCGCACCGAGUUGUACACCUUCUUCUCUGCGCUGGUCUUUUGGCCACUGGCAUCGCGGGCGUCGUACUGCUCGUUCUCUACUUGGCAGAGCCGGCAACCGCCACCAGCUCGGACGGGCCACUCAUGCGCUACUUGGAGAGCGCGGGUCCGUUCUCCGGUCAACUUUAUUAUUUUCUUCCCGUCGGCUUCAACGGCUCCGUCGCGGCGAAUGCGUCGGGCUCGCUCUUCGCAACCGGGCACAGCAACUUUGAUUACGACAUCAACAUGACCCAAGGAGCGACCGUCCAGCGCUACACGAUGGUAUCCGGCGCCCUCUACGUCAGCGUCAUCGAAGGCGCAUCACAAGUGUCGGUCACGUGCGGCUCUGCGUCAACGCUACCGUCGAUGGCGUCGGUGGUCGCCGCGAUCCAAACCGCGACACAGUCCAAUGACGUCUCGGCGUGUGACGCUGGCUAUAUCGCGUACGCCACGACGUUCUUGGGGGCUCCGAUGACGAUCUGCCAAAGCAUAGAACUUGGUACAUCCUCCGGUCGAGAUCUCGGUGGCAUCACGCUACUUGUGCUAGCCAUCACAAAAGCGAUAUCACCAACCCUAGUUGUUGCAUUGGCCCGAAAUACGUCGAUGACGCCGCCCGUGCCACCUCGUCAGUCGCUCGCCUGCCCCGCGCUGUCCGAGGCGCUUGUCGCCAACACAACAAAGUCGCCGUGUGCAUGUCGAUCAGGGCGGCGACCCUGUCUUUUCUUCCACGGCGCCGGCGUCGCAAACGAGUCAUCGAGCCUUCUCGCAUCAUACGCUGCCUACUGGGGCAACGACCUCGUCGACGCGGCACCGUGCUGCUCGUCGCUUCAGUUUGCGCGCUUCGAUACGACAACCGUGCCGUGGACGUCGUCAGUUCUGCAACAGAAAUUUUGUGCGUCAAUGCUCUCGGUGGCCAAUACCACGGGCAGCGUCGGUCGGCUCAUCGUCGUUACGCACUCGAUGGGCGGCCUUGUGCUGGGCCUCGCCCUCGCCAACGGCGUCUGCUCAUUCAGCGCCGAGACAAAAUGGGUCGCCCUCCACACACCCAUGGCCGGCAGUCCCGUCUUGAAUAUGCUGCUCAAAUCUUGUGCGAUACCCAGCCUCUCGUCCGUGCUCGGGCUUCUCGGCCGGUGUCCGAUCGCGCCGACAUUCGCGUACAUGUACGAGGCCGGGAGCUGGGAAGCCACCGCGCUCGGCUUGAACAGCUACUACACAAGAGCGCAAGGCAGCUACAAGCGCUACGCCGACGCUGUGCUCUGCGGUCAAAGUCCCGUCGGUCUCUGGACAUCCGCGUCCGGAAUCAUGACAGCGAUCAAUGCACUGGCCGCUCCGUCGACGCCCCAUGACGGCCUUAGUGGCCAAACGGCGCUAAUCGCUGCAGCGCGCGGCGGCCACGCGUCAGUCGUGCGACUUUUGCUGGCGCCGAUCAUUGAGGGCAUGACGGCCAAGACGAUGGCCCUUGAGAAAAAGCACGUGGCGGUGGCCGAGGUGCUUGAUUUGGCCGAGAACCUUGUGCAGGCUGUGACGACAGCUGAUCUGGCAAGCGUGCUAAUGCUUGCGGUGCGCCAUGGCCACACGCAGCUGCUCCAGAUGCUCUUGCGCCGCCCCGACGUGCCAUCGGUCGACUGCAAUAAAGUACGGCAAUUCGCCUUGUGUAUACGCUUCCUCAUGCAUGCGUAG